CCGCACCCAUUAUUUUCAACAAAAGCCCACAUCGAUGGCAAAUCGAUGCGCGUCAAUGCUUCAGUAUACACUACUGCUCUGCUUUCCUGGCGUGGACGCGCAUCAAAAGCAUAACAUACUCAAGUCUCAUCCAUUUCGGUAGUCCCCCACUGAAAUCGCGCCACUCCUGGUGUGUGUUACGCAUGUGACGCGUGUCAUAUGACGAGGGGUGCCCUUUAGUAAUUUGAUUUGAGUUGUACAAAAAAAGAAAACUGGGUUUUGAGUUCUCACUUUAAGACUUGACUCUGAGUUUUGCUAGCUGCAGUCAUCUCCAGACAGUACAUAGGAUAAGCACAGCCAUAGCAACUGUAUAAGUCAAAGCCUAAAUAUAUACAAAGUCCAGUGACAUACUAGUGACAAUGGCAGAGGUUCACUCAAAAUAGUAUUAAUGCAGCUGGCUCCCUUUCACACUUGGCUCUGUCCACAGUAGCUUUAGAUCAUGACCGAAGAGGACUGUACAUCCAACAGCAUUUUUGAUCCGUGUGCGCUGACAUGUCAACACACAAUCACUAUCAGCUAAUUACAAUCUGCUAAUCUCGGUCUUCUGUCCAGACUUGGGUUAGUUUCAGUGACUGAGCACAAAUUAAUGUAAACAAAGUCUAAAUAAAUGAAGCCUCCCUGCCCUGUAGACCCACGCUCACCAGAUGAUUGUCUGCCCUCGGAUAGGUCGACACUAAAACUGCACUACCCACAAUCCCCAGCAACAAUGGAGCAGGACCUUUCUAAUCUUCAGAAUGCUAUCUGACUGUAAAUAGACAAGACAUAAUUUUAUAUAUAUUGAGAAGGAAUUUCAAGGCUGGAUAAGCCAUGUCUAUUUUUGUUAAAGAAAAAAAAAGGUGAUUACGUGUAAUCUUGAAUGUCCAAUGAGUGAUCUUUUAAUAUGUCCAAACGUCUUUUAUUACAGAAGAGGAAUAGGGCCACUGUAAAACAUUUAUUUGAGUUCUGACUUUAAACUUAGAAUUCUGAGGGAAAAGUCAGAACUCAUCCAUUUUUACAGUGGCCCUAACCCUCUCCCGUACUUUAUCAAGUGAGUGAUUGUAUCUGGAUCCAACUCGUGUAUGCACUUCCAUCUGUCAAAGGCAAAACCUCAGUGCUGAAUUAUAUGACAUGAAUGGAAAAAAAAGAUCAUGUUUGAAGCUUACCACAUAGUACUUGAGCAUUUCUUUUUGUACAACGUCCCUUAAUAUUGUAUAUAACGCAAAAUUGUUCAAGGUGAAGAUGAAAAUAAUUGUUUUGUUUGUUUUUCCUCAUUUGUGAGUGGCAUGGAUAUGUAUAUCUGAAAUGAAACGGAGUGUUGUCCUCUGCUUCUGCCUCAUGUGGCUUAUAUUUCUAUUCCACAAUUUAAGAACAAAGCACGUGAAUGGCAUAAUUUAUUUUAACCAUUUGAACCAUGAAUUCAUAAGAUUACAAUGACAUAUCUUUUUUUAAUUUUGUUAAGGCACUCUUGGCAAGUUAAACAGCUAAACCCUUAAAUGACACAAAUCCAUUCAAAUUUAAUUUGGCUGUCAAGGUGCUUAUACCUGACAGCUGAUUUUAUUUUUAUAUAUCAUAGUUUGAUCUGUGGUGGUUUUUAGUCAUGGUUUUAGAACAAACAGAUGAGAUGCCACAUUUUAACUUGCUCAGUGUGUCUGUCAGUGGUUGGGUGAGAAAAGGGAAGAUGUUUCUUCAGCCUUUUGGUUGCAGUAUGGUAAUUGUUUUUGAUGAAAAUCUUUCUGAAUGUAUUUAAGCCAAGAAGGUAGAACUGAUUUACUGGUCACAAAUGUUCAACACAAAGCACUCAGUGCUACAGAUUGCACAUGUUUUCUACUGGUCACUCUAGAACUCUAUAUAAAAGGGUUUCACAUCCCGUUUUAUCUUAUGUUAUAUUAUUUUUACUUUGUCUUUUCACAAGGUCCUGAAUCAUAAUGCUGUAUCGCUGGAUAUGAUAUUGAUGUCUGCUAACAAAUGUUUUAUUAGCGUUCCCUGUAGAGAUUUUGUCACAGAAUAUUAAAUAGUAUAACCAUUGUCUUUCACUUCUAUUCCGCCUUCCUAUAUUAUGCUUAUCUGCUUGUGCUCACUUAAAUUGUAGACGAACGAAAGAGACAACUGGUCAAAUUUGAAGCUCUUAUUUCAAUCCUGUGCUUUCUCUUCACCACUUACAUUGGAGUCUGCCAGUGCAGUGACCAUUUGUCCACAUCCAUUGUGUUAGUCUAUUUUUAGAUGUCUGAUCCUAGCACUCAGCCAGUGUGACAGUGGCCUGUGUUCCAGUCACACUAGCUGCAAUGGAUGCUCGGGCCACAAACUGAGAGCAGAUCAGAAGGAGGCAUGUUUAACAACAGUGACUGCCUUGUUGACUAGCGAUACCUCGGCUAAUUCUGACCUCCUCGACCGCACUGUACUGCGAGAUAUCACCAGUGGCAUCUGCUGUUAGUUCAACAGCAGCAGUGUAUUUGACAGUGAGCAGACCGAGUGCAGGCGGUUUUCGGCGCCCCUCUUUAUAUAGAUCCCGCACCUGUGGCCUCGCCUCCUUUCACAAGUGAAACUGGACAACUUGUUAAUGGUGCAGAAAGGCAGAGCUCUGUAAACACGUGUUUGAUGCCUUCACUGACACUUAAGUAUUUCACACCUACUGCUGUUGACAUUGCUAAGCAUAGUGUCACAAACUCACUGUUUCCUCUAUUUCUUAUACUUUCACCUCCUUGAUUUUACAAGGUUUCUUCUGUUUCAUGAACCCAGUGGCUUCUCCUGAUUUCUUCUAUAAUUAGGUUUCACUCACUCAUUUGCAUUGUAGAUCAUCCACCCGCUAAGACUUGAGUCAUGGUGGUGAGUAGCAGAAGUGAGAAACUUUCCAGUCAGAUAUUUUGUCGACAUGAAUGUCAGCAAGUGCAUUUACUUUCACAAACUACAUGAGGUCACAUACAGUAAAUAGAUGUGCGCUGUGCCAUACUGUACCAUGACAUUGUCACCAAAGUUAAGCCACCACCGAUCAUGUGAGAAAUGUGCCCAAGGUUGGUGGUAAUGACUAGUCAGUACAUUAGACAAAAUGAGCUGGUGAAUCCCUUUGUGAGGUGAUUGUUGCACAGUAACGUAACAAAUUGGUGGUUUUGUUGGUGAAAGUAGAAAAUUCAAGCUAAAAAUGCCAGUUCUUGGAUACAGGCUUUGCCGGCUCAGGGUUUGGUUAUUUGUUUUUUUGUUUGUUUGUUUUCUUUUCUUUUUGUGGGUCACACAUAACUACAGUAUGAUUGAAACUGUGAAAUCCAGUUCUUCAUAUCAAGCCUCUGUUUUGCCAUGUUACAUGCAAGCUACAAAGUUCAGUAUACACUGUAUAUACACAGGCCAUUUAAGUGUAAAAAUGAUAAUGGCACAGAAUUUCCUAUUUCUCUGCAGCAUUUAUCCAUUAAAGAUCCAAGUAAAUGAGAUGUGUUCAGUGGCAGCAGGCUUGUCCUAACUUUCAGCUUCUACCUCAACAUUAAUGAACUGGUCAGCUGUAUAAUUUCUGACCUGCAGUCUGUAUUGUGACAUUAUGCCCUCUGUGGUGGGAGUCUGACCCAUCCUCAGCUGCAACAGCACCAUUGUUCUUUCAUUAACACAAUAAAAAAAUUAGCCUGCACACUUCAGAACCAGUCCAGGACAGACUUCAUAGGAAGCCUUUGCAUCUUUGCAUGACCAGUAGCAUUUACAUUGUUUUCCACUGACCGUCAAGACAGUGGUUUGUGGACAUUAAAGUGAUUAAGUGCUUUAACCUUCUGUCUGCUCUUGAUAUUCUAGACAAGUCGCUCCACUCUUGAUAUUCUAGACAAGUCGUUCCACUCUUUAUCCAGUGUCAAUCAUGACAGCAUAGGGUGAGUGGCUACUACCGAGGGCUGGGUAUGUGUGCUUUAUGUGAGCAUGCAAAACUGUAUGUGCUGUAUGAAGUGUCAUUUACCUGGCACUUCCUAAAGAGGAUAUAGUUUAUAAAUAUCAUCCAGUAGAACUGAGGGUUGGGACUACAAAAGGCCACCCACAGUCUCCCCAUUGUUCACCGGCAUCAUUGUUGGUCUGACCUCCUCACUGCUCAGCCAUGGUAAGUCACUGUAUGUGAGCAAGGACACAAAGUUUCCUGGCUUCAAAGAUGCUGCCUUUAUUCUGGACAGAUGUGUGAAAUAACUUUAACAGUACAGAUAUGUAAUAUUAUACAACAUAACAUUAUCUGUCAUGAUUUAUUAGCUUUAUGAUGAAUACUGAGUAAAAUGGAUGGGAAGCAGCAUAGGCUUCCUUUUCAUUAUCUUGUCAGCAGCCACUGAAUGUAUUGAUAUGUAAAGGGCACAUUAAAUGCACCCUAUAUUACAAGCAAUUAGCUGUGUUUUAAUUGGGAUUUUGAAGGAAAGUCAUGAUGUGAAAGCCUAUGAAAGGAUACUGACAUAUGUCAAUUUGUUAUUGCCUUCAUAUGGUUGUAUGUUGUAUUUUUGCACAGCAUACAUUUUUAUGUUGUUUAUGCACUAGUGUUCUCUACAAGCAAUCCUAGGCCUUUUUUAGAUGUAAUUUUCUGUUACCAAGACAUGUAGUCCCUGUUGUUUAUGUUAUCUCACAUGUAGCUUAACUUUAACCACCAUGCUGUGUUUGCCUUGAGACUUUUUCUCUUUUGCCAAAAGGCCCCCAAGAAAGCCAAGAAGAGGACAGGAGAGGGAGCCAACUCUAAUGUUUUCUCCAUGUUUGAGCAGGCCCAGAUUCAGGAAUUCAAACAGGCCUUCACUAUCAUGGACCAGAACAGAGAUGGCUUCAUUGACAAGAAUGACCUGAGAGACACCUUUGCUGCUCUAGGACGUCUCAAUGUGAAACAGGAAGAGAUUGACGAGAUGCUCAAAGAAGCUCCUGGCCCAAUCAACUUUACUGUCUUCCUCACCAUGUUCGGUGAGAAACUAAAAGGUGCUGAUCCAGAGGAGACCAUCCUCAAUGCAUUUAAAGUCUUUGACCCUGAGGGGAAAGGUGCACUGAGGAAGGACUAUGUUACACAGAUGCUAACAACACAAGGAGACCGCUUCUCCCCUGCAGAGAUGCAGCAGAUGUUCACUGCCUUCCCCCCAGAUGUGGCCGGAAACCUGGACUACAAGAACCUGGUUCACAUCAUUACCCACGGAGAAGAAAAGGACCAGGAGUAAACAUUUUUGUCAAGUAGAAAGUCCAUCUUCUGCCCAUUCAUGACUUCAAACUGAUCCACUGCCCUUGAAGGAUAUAUGGACUGUUGCUUAUUUGCUCAACUUUUAUAUUGGCCACAUUGUUUCUGUACAGUACUCAUGCGAGAGCACAAGAGGAUCAAGAUGAAAUUUUCUCUUCCAGGCCCCAACAAAGGACAAAUCUGCAUUUUGAGCUGUACUGCAGCCUUUCUGCUUUAUCCACAAUAUGUCCCCACAUUGACCCAUGACUCAUUAAAUUUUUUUUCUUGUCAUUUUGUACAGACUCAAAACUAUGUUAUUGUUUUUUCAUGGAAAAUAUCCAUUUGUUAGGUCUGUGCAUGUUCGUCAAAUAAAAGUGCUCAGAAACUGUUAGCAGCCCACUUUCUCAUUAUGGUUUUUGAAUGUUUUAUCUGAAGACUGUACAUGUGAAAGAUCCUAUAUUUCUGUUAGUAAUACUCAUGUUUAUAGGAUCAGUGCUUCAACACAUGGCUAUACAAGCUACUCUUUAAUUCUAUGUUAGGCAGUGAAUGUAUGCACUUGAGAAUAAUGGUGGUCCUCUAAAAUCCUCCAGAGAUUAAUCUAAACCAUGCAUGUGACAUUGUCUGUGGGCCUCCUUGUAUUAUUGUGCAUGUAUAUAGUAGGAUGCAGUAUGUGUGUAUCAGAUGUGCACAUGGCUGCUGAAACAGUGGGCUAUAGUGAGACAAAACCCCUGUUAUUUUAGUGCUAUGAUGACAUCAGGAGGGUAAUACUAUACUACAGAGUUUGGACAGCAGGCACACAAAAGGAUGCCACCAAGAAAUCCACACCACCCUCACUUGCCAGACCUUGUUGGGGUGAAAAUCCCAGUGGGGUAGGAGGGGGGUAGGAGAUACAUAGGGAGGAGUGAGGAUUAAGUACCUUUAUAUGGAUCAACUCAGAUAUCUGAGCUCACAUCAUUUGUCCUGUUUUAACCGUCUUUAAGAAUAGACUUUGGUCAUUAAGGCUAACAGAGGGAGAAAACACAUUGUUCUUCUAAAUUCAGUUGUACCUGCUGGCACAAAUGAACUAUUCUCUAAAAGCUGCAGUUAUCAGUAUUAUUAUACUAAAACUACUCUACCCAAUUUCAUUUCAGUUAGUGAUGCUUUUAACAUUCUCUGUCUUAAAAAGCCAACCUGGUGUUAACCCUGGUUCUUGCUCUUUCUUUUUGCCAGUCUCUCUGUGCAAAAGAACGUAGCCUCUUCAGCCGCUAUUUCAGACUUUUAGCAGACUAGAGUUCCUCCAUGGUUGGCUAUUGGAAAUUACCACUGGCGGCUCAGAAAACAUAUAUUGCACUAGGUGGCAGGCGGCGCUAAUUUACAGAGAGACAACACACCACGUCUCAUGUUCACAUGAUUUAUCAGACAAUAUGUAAAGUCUUGUUUAAUGCACCUUUAACAGCAGAGGAAGUUUUUUUUUUUUUAUAUUCUUUCACAAGUCAAGAAUAAAGUUAAAAUACUAUUUCCAGCAAGCAUUAAAACGUUAAAGGUUAACUUUAUUCUGGACAUGCAAAUUAAAAGAAAAUAAAUCUUUUCAUUUUUCCAUCAUAGUUUUCAGCUUUAGCAGGUGUCAACCUUUAAUGAAGCAGGUUUGCUAACCAGGUACCUGCUUAAUACCAAGUAGGAGACAGGCAAAGUUAACAGCUAGCUAGUGAACCUAGUAGCACAAUUAGCAGCUAAAGAACCAGAUAUUUACAAAACAAAGCUAAAAGGAUAGUUAAUAUCAAAAUUACUUGCAUGAAGUGGGAAGAAACAUGACUAAAUGAAUGCUAAUGUUAGUCCUUAUAUGCUGGACAUAUUAAUCUGUUGCUAACACAGCCAUUGAUAAAAGUGCUAAAAUAAUUCAUGCAGUGUUAAUAUUGAUGCUCUCUCACAAGACAGAUU